AUGGCGUCCUUCAAGGUGCCUCUUCCAGUAUUAAAGAAACAUAAUAAAGCUAUCAACAUGGCCGAAGAUACAAGCCUUGGACUUCCAACAUUCAGCAAGAAAGACUACACUGAUCUUGUAAUGAUAGGAAAGGGUUCAUAUGGAAAAGUCUUCAAAGGACAAAAAGAUGGAAAGUCCUUUGUAAUAAAAGAACUGUGUGUAGGUGAGGCGACUGAUUCGGAAAUCAAACUAUUUAGAAAAGAGGCAAAACUUUUAAAAUCAGUUUCAGGACAUCCUAAUCUUUUAGAUAUAAAGGGGUUUUCAUCAGUAGAAAACGCAAUAUUAGUCGAUUUUAUUUGCUUCGACUUUCGCAAAAUUGCAGUUGAGCAUGAGACAGUUUACAAUCUGAAAGAAUUCCUGUUGGCAUGUGAUAGGGUUUCAGAAUUCAGUGGCUUUGAACAUGUCCCUUAUUUUCUCGCAGUUGACAUAGUAACUGCAAUAAAAUACCUCCACAGUAGAGGUAUUGUUCAUCGAGAUUUAAAACCAGACAACGUCCUUGUGUCAAAUAACCAUUACGACAUUAAUGCGGAUGUUGGACACUGGUGGUCUUUUAAGCCAAUUUGUGCAAAAUUAACUGAUUUUGGAGAGGCGCGUUCAUCCCUUAUCCAAACCAGAAGCAUCACACAAACAUGCACUCAGAAACUAUUUCGGGGAUCUCCAGCAUACAUGGCACCAGAAGCAUUGUGCAAUAAUCAAAUGAAUGCAACAAUUGAUGAUUUACGAAGGAUGGACAUAUGGUCUCUGGGAAUGAUAUUGUACCAUUUGAUAAAUCCGAAUGCAAAAUAUCCAUUUCAUUCAGAACUUGAAAAGGCAAAACCAGUAAAUGUUUUAGAAGAACUAAAGAUGUACAUGGCUAGCAGCAAAAGUCCACUACAGUUGGAUAAAUACCAAGCGUUGCGAAUUGAACACUGGGAAGCAAUUCACGAAUUGUAUUUGAAAUGCACACAGUUCAACAUGUCCAAUCGCCCAACAGCAGACGAUUCUCUUCUGUUUUUAACCAGAAACAAUGUAAAAUUAAAGAGUCUUUUGAUAAGUCAGGAAAGCAUAAGUGUAGCAAAAGACGCUGAAUAUGCUCAAAGUCAUUCUACUUUUGCUUUGAACGAACAAUCGGAAACGUUGAAUGCAUGUACUUUUUUGUCACUUCUUAUUGCAGACAAGAUAUUAGGAGACUUAAGUGACAAAAAUCAAUUGAUUGAUUUGUCAGAAGUGACCCAAGACACUAUAUUAAAUUUUCCUAAAGAUGUUAAUAUCAUGAGAAAUGAAAAUAAAUUAUAUAGUGUAGAUGAAGCUUAUGGUAUUCUUCGAUCUUGCAAAGCUGUUGAAGCAACUGAAUUUUGUAUAGAAAUAACAAGCACAGAUAUGAAAGAUCAGCAUGAUGCCUGUGAGGAACUCUGUAGCAAACUUACAACUUUAAUUAGAAAUCAUCCGCAUGAAACUUUUUGUGCAGUGUACACAUCACCACCAUAUACGAUGCUUAUAUGUAAAACAGAAAAUGGUGAUGUAUCUAUCAUUGAUACCCAUCCCAUUUCUACACAGCUUGGUGGUAAAGGGUCGGCUGGCAUUAUAACACCAAAAUUACCUCAACUAACUAUUCGACCUUUAUGCAACUGGUUAAUUCAGAGAACAGGCAAUAAAGAAAAGAUAUUACAAGAACUCGCAGUGAUGAAAAAAUUACCACCACAACCUGUCGAUUCUGAAUCAGAAAUAAAUAUUUCAAAUAUUUCUGAUAGAAGCUCAUGUGAAUCGUUUUCCAUUCUUUCAAGUACUAGCGAUUCUUCCAGUAGUAUAGCUGCUUUAGAUUUGAGAAAACACUUUUACUGUCAGUCAGAAAACGGUGAAGAUUUAGAUUUACCCUCAUUAGCGAAAGUGAAUAAAAACAGCAAAUACCAACAUAAAUGGGAAUCUCGAAGUCUCCAAGCAGGCAAAUUACCAGGCCAGGACAGUGAUGAAAAUGCGAAAAAAGAAGAUAACAAAAUUGUUACAGCACCAAUUUCAAUGCAAAAAGAAAGCAUGGACAUAACACAUACAAAUAUGCAAGGUCAGGAAAGUGAAGAUAAUGCGACAAAAGAGAAUGAUAACAGAAUUGUAACAGGGGAAACCAUAACACCACAAUCGUCCUUUGAAGAAAACCAUAGUUCAUCGUCAAAUAAAACAAGUUCUCGCAAAUCAAUUGGGCGGUUUCGGAAGAUGGAACUAAAUCCAAUACAUUGGGAAAUAUGUGAAACAGAGGUUGUCACAUCUAUCCCUUAUGAUGUUAAUGGAUUCAGGAAAUUCAAAAUUGAGUGCAAAAUAGACGACAUGAUGAAGAAAACAAAGGAUGGUAGGCCAUGGGGAAAGUGGGUAAAUAGUUGUAGAACAGGAUGGAUAGGGAAAAGGCGAGUUGCGAAAUGCAAAGGUUCGCCAGUUUGCAACUCAGACAAUUGUCUUUAUAAAGAGAAAUACGGAUGUGUAAAUAGAGUCCAGUUUCAAAAAACUGCUUCGAUUUUAGUAUGCUUCACCUGUGGGAGUCCAGCAAAAAUCAUUUUAUGUCCGGGAGUUAAAAUAUGGGAGUACGAAGCAAACUCUACAAAUGUGACAGUUAUGUACAAAAAUGAGCAUUCCUGCGUGGCAAAGAAAAAGAAGAUCUCAAACGAGCUUAUUAAAAAUGAAGUGGCAAAACACCCUGGCGUCAAACCUAAUAAGUUAGUUAACAGCAAAAUGGUUGAUAUAAUGGCUGUUGAUGAUUUUAGUUGGGACGAUGUUGAACUGGUGGCUGAACAAUUUGUGGACAUGAAACAAGUGUACAAUGCGCGUGAGGAAUUAAAGAUGAAGAUUAACCCAAUGGGACAGAACUUUGAAGCACUUGCUUUGUACAAACAAAAAUGUGACGAAAAAGACAAGUUUUUUAUUUAUCGAGUAAAUAACCGAGCAUUAAAUGGAAAACCUUCUUUUGUUUUUAAAUCAAGCCAAGCAAUGGCAAAUAUUUGCCUGGAAAUGGACAGAGAUGGGAGUGGUGUCAUGGUGGAUGAAUUUGCUUUCAUUGAUGCAAAACACAAUCGAUGUCGCGGAUUUAAAACGUUAACAUUAUGGACGUACCAUCCAGUUUUACGAAAACUAGUUUCCUUGGCAAUAAUGGAAGUUGAAGAAGAAAACACAGAGAAUCUUACAAUAUUUUGGGAACUUCUCAAUGAAAUGCUUCAAGGUGUAUCUGGCAAGAAAGGCUACAAGUUCAACCCUUUUGGGUUUAUUGCAGAUGAAAACCAUGCAAACUGGUGUAGCAUAAGGGACGUUUUUGGAGUUCACACAUUAGAAAGAGCUGUUUCGUGUGAGUUCCAUUAUAAGCAAAGCGUUCAGCGACAUUCACGAAAAGUUUCAGAAAAAUCAGACGAAUUCAUAUGUCUUGCAAAUGCUUUGUUGCAUGCACAGACCAUAAACCAGUUCAAUGCUGCAUGUGAACAAAUGGAGACAUUCUUUAAGAUAAAUAAUAUCAAAGAAUUAUGUGCAUGGUACAAGUGGUGGCAUGAUCGAAGAUCUCAUAUUUUCCGUGCGUUUAAAAUGGAAAAUGCGCCUUCUUCAAACCUUGCAGAAGUUGGACAUGCAAAAAUAGCAAGUAAUUCAGGUCCAUAUAUUUCACUGUUAGAAGCUGCAAGAGUAGAUGUUGCAUCAGCAAUACGGCAGGCAACGGAGAUUCGAUUAUUUCAUGUAGGAGUUUCGAAAGGAGGGAAAGGACUUAACACCUAUCAAAAACAGAUCAAAGAUUAUAAAGCUGGUAUGAAGCGUGCAAAAGCAUAUGCAGAUGAGUUAGAUUCGGAAGGAGUAGAAAUAAUCGAAAAUAAAUCUGUUCAUGUCCCUGUAACCGGGCUGCAUCGCCCCCCAGAAAAAAAAGCAAAGAAACAAAAAGCUUACAAGGUCAACAAUAUUAACCAAGAACAUGCAAAACAGCUUCAAAUUAGACAACCAUUUCAUGUUAUUCUCUCAGGCACCAUUUUCAAUUUAAAACGUUGUUAUGGAUGUGGAAAAGAAUUUAAAAAUAAAUAUAAAACGGAACCCCACGAUGUAAUUUUAAAACAUUACUGUCAUCGCCGGUACAAGGACAAAAAUGGAAAUUUUGUACUUUCGACACAACUUCAGGCUGCGUAUUUUCACCUUCGUCUGGACUGUACAAGAAAAAUCGAUCCCCAGAUGGAGCUUAGGGAUGUCAUUAUUCACGAAGAAAUCGCAAACGCUCUUACACCUCAGCAUAAAGACAUUCUACGAAAGUUUGGUGUGCGUCUUUAAGAAUGUUCAGGCUACUCUUGUUUUUGACUUUUUGUCAGAUAUUCGGAAUCCUCUUAGUUUUAUCCAUGUAGUGCCAUUUUUUUCUAAUUUUCAAGUUCCCUUAUUCAUAUUCUUUCAAUCUAUAACAGUCUUUUAAAAACCUUGUUAUUUAAAACAGAGGAGCGAACAUCAUUAAAACACUUUUUACAUACAGAGUUGUGAGGGUCCUAAUUAGCUGUAUCAACUGAGUGUAUGUUUUUUUUAAAUGGUUCGUCCACCCUUAACGUAUGAACCGUUUAACCAAGAUUUAUCAAAUUUUAAUAUGUUGUUACUGCUGACAAAAUGGAAGUCAAGUAAAAUAUAAAGAUUUUCACUUUCACGUGUAAGGAAUUAUUGUCCAUGAAAAAUUGUGGCUCCAGCCAUUCCCGUGUGAUAACUUACAAACCGUUUAACCAAAACUUUUCAUGAUAAAUUGCAUGCCAAGUAAAAAAAAACUGUUUACUGUCAUUCUGACAGCUUUUGCUGCUUAUUAUCUUAAAAACAUAAAAGAUGGAGGGAAACUUUGUAAAAAAAAAUUAUCGGCAAGGCAUUAUCUAUAAAUGUCAGUUUGACUUCAUAGAGAUUUACUUUCCAUGUAAUAAUCAUAUUGACCACUGUUUCGUGCUUUUACAAAACUAUAGUAAACCCAGGUGAGCCACACAGGCUCUUAAAGCCGUUAGUUUCAGGAUCAAUCAACACUUAACUUAAUAGAUAAGUGAAAACAUGGGUCAUGUUGUUUUGCCACGUUUGUUUAAGUCCCCCCCCCCCUUUUAAAGCAACAAUUACCAAUAAGCUUGAAUGUCGUAUCAGGACGGCACAAACUAGACUGGUUAACUUUAUAAAUAAAUUAUAUUCACAUCAAAAUGAAAAUGUCGUUAGGAUAUAUUAAUUAUUACACAUACCAUU